AUGGCGGCGGCGUGGGCCCGCGCGAAGCGCGCCCUCGCCACCAGCCUCUGCGUCAGCGUGCCCGCGCGCCAGAGGGCCAUCGAGGACGCGCCGCCGGUGGUGGCGGCGGCGGAGGCGCCGUCUUCGGUGUCUGAGGACAAGCUGGAGUCCGCCUCCGUGUCCGUGCGGCGGCUGACGAGCUUUGGGAGCCGGAGCUCGCAGCAGAAGACAUGUGCCAUUUGCCUUGGUGGCAUGAGAUCAGGGCAGGGACAUGCCUUGUUCACUGCUGAAUGCUCCCACAAGUUCCAUUUUCAUUGCAUCUCUUCAAAUAUCAAGCAUGGAAACCUCAUCUGCCCAAUUUGCCGUGCUGAGUGGAAAGAACUCCCAGGCGCUCAACCUGCAGAUGCCAAUUAUGGACGAGCUAGACCAUUAAAUUGGCCCCAGGAUGAAGGGCACAUGGCUGUUGUCCGCAGGCUUUCCCAUACAUACAGUGGAAACCUGCAGGAGUACCUGCCUUACUUCCGUACUCCGGAGGCAGGCAUUUUCAAUGAUGAUGAGCACAUAGAUCUUCAGUCUGAUAUGAACGACGAACAUAAUGCUGUCACUGGUUCAGUUAAAAUCAAUGCAUAUUCAGAAUUUCCAGCUAUUGAACAAUCAGUCACCAAGGAGCUCUUUGCUAUCUUGAUCCAUCUCAGGGCUCCAAAAUCUUCACACUCAGCGAGCUCCCGUGCACCUCUUGACCUUGUCACUGUGCUUGAUGUCAGUGGUAGCAUGGCAGGGACCAAAAUUGCACUUCUGAAGAAUGCCAUGAGCUUUGUCAUCCAGACCCUUGGACCCAACGACCGCCUGUCUGUGAUUGCUUUCUCAUCUACAGCACGCAGACUCUUUCCUCUUCGGCGAAUGACAUUACCCGGUAGGCAGCAAGCCUUGCAAGCUGUCAGUUCCCUUGUUGCAAGUGGUGGCACCAACAUUGCUGAUGGGUUAAAGAAAGGUGCUAAAGUGAUUGAGGACCGUCGGUUGAAGAAUCCUGUUUGCAGUAUCAUUCUUCUCUCUGAUGGUCAAGACACAUAUACACUCCCUUCUGACAGGAAUCUACUAGAUUACAGUGCCCUUGUCCCACCUUCAAUCCUUCCUGGAACAGGCCAUCAUGUCCAGAUCCACACCUUUGGUUUCGGCUCAGAUCAUGAUUCUGCUGCCAUGCAUGCUAUUGCUGAGAUCUCCAGUGGCACAUUUUCAUUUAUCGAUGCAGAAGGGUCAAUCCAAGAUGGAUUUGCUCAGUGUAUUGGUGGCCUCCUGAGUGUUGUGGUUAAGGAGAUGCGGUUGGGCAUUGAGUGUGUUGACAAUGGUGUGCUACUGACUUCCAUCAAGUCUGGCGGGUAUACAAGUCAAGUUGCUGAAAAUGGACGUGGUGGUUCAGUUGAUAUUGGUGACCUGUAUGCAGAUGAUGAGAGGGGAUUUCUGCUCACUCUACAUGUCCCAGCUGCACAGGGACAGACUGUGCUGAUCAAACCAAGCUGUAUGUAUCAUGACGCUAUCACUAUGGAGAACAUCGAAGUACAUGGUGAGGAAGUAAGAAUUCAGCGCCCUGAACAUCAUGUGGACUGCAAAAUGUCUCCUGAGGUUGAGCGUGAGUGGCACCGUGUUCACGCCACAGAGGACAUGUCUGCCGCACGGGCUGCAGCUGAGGUAGGUGCUUUCUCUCAGGCCGUGGCAAUCCUCGAAGCCCGUAGGAGGAUACUGGAGUCACAAGCAGCACAAUCUUCAGACAACCAGUGCCUGGCGUUGAUGAUGGAGCUGAGGGAGAUGCAGGAGAGAGUGGAGAACCGGCGGAGGUACGAGGAAUCAGGCAGGGCUUUCAUGCUGGCCGGCCUGAGCUCACACUCAUGGCAGAGAGCAACUGCACGUGGGGACUCAACAGAGAUCACUACCACUAUUCAUACCUAUCAGACGCCAUCCAUGGUUGACAUGCUGCAGCGCUCUCAGAUUCUCGUGCCACCCACUGCUGACAUGCUGAACCUUUCCCCAACUGUGGCGCCUUCACAGAGGUCUCCACAUAGGUUCAGCCGGUCAUCCAGGUCCAGGACAACAAAAUCCUUCUCUGAGCAACUCCUGUGA